GGGUGUGUGUACUGAAAGAGAAAGACAGAGCGAGAGAGAGAGACUUGCAGGCGACUUGUUUGCUGAGGAUAUUGGAUUUCUCUAUUCAUCGUCGUUAGUUCUUUCUCCUCUCUUCCAGCGCUCUGAGGACGUCUGAUGUGCUGUCAAUCCCUGUUGUAGCCUCUCACUCUCGUUUUGUCUGGCCGUGGACACCGACUGGACAGCCGUGAUCUGUUCGAAACGUACAUUACCACACCUUUAUUGUGCGUUGAAGCCAUUAUCUGAAUAGUGAAGGGACUACCCGCGAACCGAAUAAUUCCUGAAUGGUUCAGUUGGACUGUUUUUUUACUAGUAUUUUUGUUCGUAUUUUUAGGUUCGGCAUGUUGCUCCAGAAUAAGUGUGUCUUAGAAGACCAAGACAAGUGAAUGGCUAUACCAAUAUCAGUGCUACUGUAAACCAAGUCAUAGCCCAGAGUAGACCCUAACAUCAUUCGAUUGUGGCUUUCUUGGACCUUACUUUUGUGAGUGGGUUGUGGGAUAAUAUUUUUUUUUUUCUCCCACGGAUCUUUGGAUUAGCAGAACUGUUGAAUUGAUAUAGGCUAAUACACGUAAUACCCACCAAGAAGAACGAUGGGGAAGAGUGUCUAGUAUUGCCAGGAGAGGAAUGCCCCAGACUGUGUGCCCAGCAGCAGGCACCAUGUUCACCCCCAGUGGCUUCAGCCCCCACCUGGACUCCACCUGCUCUGAGGCUGACCCAGUGAUCGAGGACGAAGGGGGCCCUCAGGAGGCCCGGGGACCUGGGGCUUGCCUGGCCGAAGGACCCUCCAUCACCUCCGCCUCCCUGGACACUCUCAUCCAGCAUCUUGUGCCCACCACAGACUACUACCCAGAGAAAGCCUAUGUGUUUACGUUCCUGCUGAGUGCUCGUCUGUUCAUCUCUCCUCCUGAGUUACUGGCCAGACUCUGUGAGACCUGCAUCAAACAACAGCAGCUGGACCAGAGUCCACUGGACAUGGCUAAAGUGAGGAAGUUUGGUCCCAAGAUCCUGCAGCUGCUAACAGAGUGGACAGAGACGUUCCCCACAGACUUCAGAGAGGAGAAGAUGGUGGGCCUGUUCAAAGACAUUAUCCACAGGAUAGCACCCUGUGAUGAGGCGUACUGGAAGACACUGAAUCAGGUCCUGCAAACCCUGAGCCAGAAGCUGGCAGCCAUCGCCCAGGGAGAGGAGUGCAUCGUCAAAGUGAACGCCUCCUCAGUCUCCUCAAUCUCUGACAAGCUGGUGGCCUUCAAGACCAAGUCUCCACCCAUCCAGAAGGAAAUGCUGUCUAUCUGCAACGACCCUUACACACUUGCACAGCAACUCACCCAUAUAGAACUGGAACAUCUGAGUCACAUCGGCCCUGAAGAGUUUGUACAAGCCUUUGUUCAGAAAGACAAACUGGAUAGCACUCAGCCGUGUUUCAGUGAGCAGAAGAAGAAGACCACUAACUUGGAGGCUUAUGUCAGGUGGUUCAACAGGCUGUGCUACCUGGUGGCCACUGAGAUCUGCAUGCCUGCUAAGAAGAAGCAGAGAGCCCAGGUGAUUGAGUUCUUCAUCGAUGUUGCCAGAGAGUGCUUCAACAUCGGCAACUUCAACUCCCUCAUGGCCAUCAUCUCUGGUAUGAAUAUGAGUCCUGUGUCUCGGCUGAAGAAGACCUGGGGGAAAGCCAAGACUGCCAAGUUCUUCAUUCUGGAGCAUCAGAUGGACCCUACUGGAAACUUCUACAACUACAGAACAGCACUGAGGGGAGCUGCCCACAGGUCCCAGACUGCUAAUAGCAACAGGGAGAAGAUUGUGAUUCCCUUCUUCAGCCUACUGAUCAAAGAUAUCUACUUCCUGAAUGAGGGAUGUGCCAACCGCUUGCCCAAUGGCCAUGUCCAUUUUGCGAAAUUUGUGGAGUUGGCUCGUCAGGUGGGAGAGUUUAUGACGUGGAAACAGAUGGAGUGUCCAUUUGAGACAGACAGGAGCAUCCUACACUACCUCCACACUGCUCCCAUCUUCAGUGAGGACGGACUCUAUCUGGCAUCCUAUGAGAGUGAGAGUCCAGAGAACCAGGUGGAGAAGGACAGAUGGAAAGCACUCAGAUCUAAUAUUCUGGGGAAGACAAAAGAGUUAAAAGAGCUAAGAGAGCACCAUGGCAGCUAACCCUCAGGCCAGCCCAGCGAGGGAGGGAGUCGGUGUACUGCACUACAACAAACUGUGAAGGAGCCUAGCUGGUACUUAGGUGUUUUUCUACACAUGAAGAAUAGAAAUGAGGAAACAAUCACGAUGAACAGGAUUCAUCACCCACAUGACCA